UGGUAAUCCCAUUGCCCUCGAGCCAGAGAGUGACGGGUGGCGCCGACUUUCCCUCUUUGGUCUCGGCGCUUCUAUGGGUCAGUCCGUGCAUGCAAGAGGGCAGGUAUGGCUGCCUGUAAUUUUAGUGGGCUGAGAGGCAUCUUCCAACGUAUAUUUAUUAUAGUUUUGCCGUUUCUGCUGCUUGUCCAACUGUUGGUCAAUUUAACGGUACCACGCGCAUUUCACAGCAAAGCAGGGGACGAGCCUGCUUUUCUCGUCAUUAACAUUGAGAAGAGCGGCGGAUCGCUGUUGUCGGAGGACAGCGUCGGUAAAAACGAGAGGGAUUUCGGAAGAAGAAGACUGGGUCGCUCGCCCGAAGAAGAUUCACGACUAACGGGAUACGACGACGAGAACCAGUUUGACCGACCUCAGGCUGUUUUUGGAGGACUGAUGCUGCAGCCAUGGGCAUCAGAACAACCCUCAUUUGAUAGUGAGCUGCGGCGUCUCGUUCAGUUUAUAACCAAAACAGAGGUAAACUGCUCUAUGGUCCAGAAUGCCAAGGAAAAUCACUCAGAUGUGUUGUGCAUUAACCACUGGAAAGGAAAAAGUGGUUGUGUGGCCUAUUCAUUCAGUCUAGAUGGGAGGGAUGCUGUGUUUUUGGACACAAUGUUGCAUGCAGGUUGUGAGGUUCACCGGUUUGACCCUGGAAGCAGAGGAAGAUCCGGGCAUUCAGGACAUGGGUCCAUCAAGAACCACCGGGCGUGGUUAGACUGGCGGCAUCCACGCAGUCGCUCACAUGUAGGACUUAUGGGUAAUGUGCAGCAUAGACUGGUUGACAUUAUGGACUCCCUGGGCCAUCCCAUGGUGGAUGUCCUGCGUAUGGAUUUGGAGAGUGCUGAGUGGCGCAUGUUAGAAAGCUGGAUCAAGGAUGGAACUCUCAAAAGAAUCAAUCAGCUCAUAUUGACCAUUCAUCUGCAGUGGGCGGGGUUUGAGGUGGGUGGAGCUGAAGAGGAGGUAGUGCUUUUCUGGUACAGUGUACUGAGCGCCCUCCGCAUUUCAGGGCUCCAUCUCGUGCAUUUAGCACACGGCCCAGGACGCAUGGUGCUGGGACACAAACUGGACAACUUGCACAGUUCAUACACACUUAGCUGGAUAAGGACAUGAGACUGUGAAAAUGCUUAGACAGAGAAGCAUGACUUUAUAAAAAUCAAUUUAAGCUCUGAUGUUUUUAGAAGGAAGAUGACAGAAGUGUCUGAUGAUCCUAAAACAACAUUGAUGAAAGACACAUAACACACACAUCAAAGCAGGAAAGAGUAAAGUUACCUUAUAUAGGUGUAUUACUAUGUUUUUGUGCACAGUAAACUGUGACUGAUGACACCAUGACUACACAGACUAAAGUUUAAGUUUGGCUGGCUGGUUUAGUAAUGCCGUCUAGGGGUUGUAAAUGGUACUGCAGUGAUCCGCCACUGCAUUAUGCGCACAAUUAAAACCAUUACGCUAUGACAAAACCUUCAAAAUCCACAAUAUAUAUAUAUUAUACAAUAUAAACGUCAAUAUGAAAAGUGAACACUGUGAUCUUUUUAUU